AUGGCACCAAUAACAACAUUCAUCAAAAUCUCACCAAACACCACAAUCCCACUCCGAAUAUUCAUCAACAGGAAAUCCAUAAUCCAACAACAGCAACAACAAUAUUUCGAAACUGCGAUAUCAUCAGCCCAAACCGUCAACCAUAGAGCAUUAGUCCGUUUGAGAAGCACCACGAGGUUAAUCCUAUCGAAUAGACAGAUAAGGUCACUAGUGGCGAGUUUACAAGCGGAACUAUGUAUGAUUUUAUUCGAGACUAGCCCGGAGAGUUUGAUUAUGAAGAAUGAAGGUGAUGGUAAAGAGAGGUUGAAAUUUAAGGUAGAUGUGGAUGGUUGGGAAUUGUAUGUUAAUUUGGUGAUGGGGGAUGUUAUGGAGGUUAGGAAUAUGAUGAAGUUUGGUGAAGUGGAUAAGAAAGAGUAUAAUGGGAUGGAGUUGUUGAUAAGGAAGCCUAGAGAGGUUAAACAGAGGGAGGAACAGGAAGAGGUUAGUUUGUUGCAAGAAGGUGAGGAUGAGGAAAUGAGGAUACCUGAAGAAGGUGAAGUUGUUAGGAUUCCUGAUGAGGAGGAUUCAACCGAGGAUAAAAAGACACAGUUGAAAUAUGAUUAUAAGGGAACAAAUAUAUUGUUGAAACGAGGUAUAAACAUUGAAGUAUUGAAAAUACCUAAAUAUUAA